AAGUAUUAGCGAGGAGCCGAGGAGCGACAUGAUCUGAUGAUGGUCCGAUUAAUUAGGAUUUUUAGUUUUUACCCAUUUACUUAAUUUGUUGAAUUGUUAACUCUGAAGUUUACGUAUAAGCUAUAAGCUGUGUUAAAUUACUGUACUAAAUUAUAGUUUAGCUUUUUAUUGCAACUUACUCGAAUUGUAUCCAAAAUUGCUCGUUUAACAUGUAUUCAUAAUAUGUUAUUAUAUUUUGGCCAUCAGAGUUAAGUUCAGUUUACACAGCUGUGCCAUUUAGUUAACUUCAUAAGAAAAUAUGGACUUCUCGAUACAUUAAUACAUUUUGAUUCAACAAUCUAAAAAGUAUCAUUCUUCUGAUUCAGAUUUUGAGUAGUUAAAUAGUUAUAUAAAAAUGGGCGGCAAGACAACAAAGUUAUUUAGAAGCUCACCACAACCAAGUCCCAAAGCACAAACGGAUAAUGAUUCUCCAUAUCACGAGCAUUAUAAAAACUACGAUAACCAUGACAUCCAACAACCAGAUGAUGCAAUUAUGAAAAAUUCUUUAAGUCCAUUUGUAUAUUACAGGAGAGGAUCAAUGUAUAUAGAUGAGGAUGGUGAUAUAGCACAUGAAUUUUAUGUAGAAACCAAAAUAGGAUCAAAAUUAACUCUAAAACGAAUCAGUAACCAACAUCUAAAACCUCAAGGUGAUGUACCUUUAGAUGUGCCGUGCCUAAGAAACGAUUAUCCAGUUGUCUUAUUGGACCAGAACAGAAUGAAGGAAUGAUUGGUUUCGUGAAAAGAAAACAUUUUUUUUGAUCAUCGUCGUUCCUAUGAUAUUGUUCUUUCUCUGGAAGAUUUUAAAAAUAAUUUAAAAAAAUUAAAUUUUAUUAAUAUAUUGCUACAAAUAUUACAGUAUUCAUCCAGUUAUAUUAAUAAAAAUUACAGAAUAUGAAAUACUUAUCUUGGUUCACUGGUUGCAGUUAAUAUUUACUUAGUAUUGGUAACAUCCACAUGUAUGUAUAAAUUACAGUAUCUAAAUUAACUGAAUAAAUUUA